UAUUAUAUUUCGUCUUAUUGGUAUAAACAUGGCUUCCGCUAGAAAACUGACAAGAACUGUCACGAAGAUAUUUACUGUUUCCUCGACAAGAACUGUUGGAUGGCAGAAUUCUCGCUGCAUUUCAAAUGGAUGGCCCAUUUUGUCAGAGACCCACCAAAUGCUACGACAAACAUGCAGAGACUUUGCAGAUAAGGAACUUAAACCCAUCGCUAGCAAGAUUGAUAUGGACAGCACAUUUCCAAAGAAACAGGUGAAGAUGCUAGGUGAGCUGGGUCUGCUGGCUAUUGAUGUGGGGGAGGAGGAUGGGGGGACAGGUUUGGAUUACCUGGCCUAUGCCAUAGCCAUGGAAGAGAUCAGCAGAGGUUGUGCAACAACAGGCGUCAUCAUGAGUGUCAACAAUUCACUUUAUCUUGGUCCAAUCAAAGCAUAUGCUACACCUGCACAAAAGGAGACAUUUUUGAGACCAUUCGUCAACGGAGACAGGGUUGGCUGCUUUGCCCUCAGUGAACCAGGCAAUGGAAGUGAUGCUGGUGCUGCAUCAACCACUGCACGUCGUCAUGGAGACCAGUGGGUUCUCAAUGGAACCAAGUCCUGGAUCACCAAUGGCUACGAGGCAGAGGCCACUGUAGUGUUUGCCACAACUGACAAAAGUAAAAAACACAAGGGAAUCAGUGCCUUCAUCGUUCCUAAGCCCACAGCAGGUCUCUCCCUGGGAAAGAAGGAAGACAAGCUGGGCAUAAGGGCCUCCUCCACAUGUAACCUCAUAUUUGAAGACUGUAGAAUACCAAAGGAAAACAUGCUGGGCGAGGAAGGCUUUGGUUUUAAAAUUGCAAUGCAAACUCUUGAUGCAGGUAGAAUUGGUAUUGCAUCACAGGCUCUUGGUAUAGCACAGGCAGCCUUUGAAUGUGCAAUUGAGUAUGCCCAGAAACGGGAGGCCUUUGGAAACCCCAUCUCAAAACUACAGAUGAUACAGAGUAAACUGGCGGACAUGGAAGUGCAGAUAGAGAGCGCAAGACUGCUAACAUGGAAGGCUGCCAUGCUGAAAGAUGCCAAGAAACCGUUUACAAAGGAAGCAGCCAUGGCUAAGUUGGCAGCAUCUGAGGCAGCCACCCAAGUUGCUCACCAGGCCAUCCAAGUGCUUGGAGGCAUGGGUUACGUGCGGGACAUGCCAGCAGAACGCCACUACAGGGACGCAAGGAUCACAGAAAUAUACGAGGGAACAAGUGAAAUACAGAGACUCGUGAUAGCUGGUCAGCUGCUAAAAGAAUAUCAGGCCUCAUAGCCAGUGGUGUUGUGACCUUCUUUGUGAUAGCUAUAUGUAACAAAAUUUAAUGUCUUAAUGCAAAAGUGUAGUUAUGAGAGCUGUUAUUAGUUGAAAGUGGGUGAUAAUUGUGUGGCAAGAUGAUGCAGGUUGUUAUUGAAAUUUUUUACAACAUGACAGACAUAUGUGUUUACGGUAUGUGUGAUCUGUUAUGGUAAUUAAAUGUACAUCUGUUA